ACCGGAAGUAGAUUUUUACCCGACCGCAUUUUACUUGCUGCUGCACUUCCGGUAGCGGCGGCGGGAAAUCGGCUGCGGGAGAGAGGCUAGGCCUCUGAGGAGGCGAAUCCGGCGGGGAUCAGCGCCAUCAGAACCGCCACCAUGACGGUGGGCAAGAGCAGCAAGAUGCUGCAGCACAUUGACUACAGGAUGAGGUGCAUCCUGCAGGACGGCCGGAUCUUCAUUGGCACCUUCAAGGCUUUUGACAAGCACAUGAAUUUGAUCCUCUGUGACUGUGAUGAGUUCAGAAAGAUCAAGCCAAAGAACUCCAAACAAGCAGAAAGGGAAGAGAAGCGAGUCCUCGGUCUGGUGCUGCUUCGAGGGGAGAAUCUGGUUUCAAUGACAGUAGAGGGACCUCCUCCCAAAGACACUGGUAUUGCUCGAGUUCCACUUGCUGGAGCUGCCGGGGGCCCAGGGAUCGGCAGGGCUGCUGGCAGAGGAAUCCCAGCUGGGGUUCCCAUGCCCCAGGCUCCUGCAGGACUUGCUGGGCCAGUCCGUGGGGUUGGCGGGCCAUCCCAACAGGUUAUGACCCCACAAGGUAGAGGUACUGUUGCAGCCGCUGCAGCUGCUGCCACAGCCAGUAUUGCCGGGGCCCCGACCCAGUACCCACCUGGCCGUGGAGGUCCUCCCCCACCUAUGGGCCGAGGAGCACCCCCUCCAGGCAUGAUGGGCCCACCUCCUGGUAUGAGGCCUCCUAUGGGUCCCCCAAUGGGGAUCCCCCCUGGAAGAGGGACUCCAAUGGGCAUGCCCCCUCCGGGAAUGCGGCCUCCUCCCCCUGGGAUGCGAGGCCUUCUUUGACCCUUGGCCACAGAGUAUGGAAGUAGCUCCGCAGAGGGCCCCCUCCCCCGGGAAUGCGCCCACCAAGGCCCUAGACUCAUCUUGGCCCUCCUCAGCUCCCUGCCUGUUUCCCGUAAGGCUGUACAUAGUCCUUUUAUUUCCUUGUGGCCUAUAAAACUGGUUUAUAAUAAACUUAAGAGAACAUUGUAAUUGCA